GGUUUUUAGCAGUAGGGCUCCGUUUGUGAUUUACCUACCAUUCAUAUCGAACUCAUCACUUUACUCCUUAUGUACUAAAAAAACAUUACAUGCCGUAUUUCCAUUGAAUGGCUUUAUUACGACUGGCUUUUAUGCAGUCCUAAUGGCACGUGAUGGGGGUUCGAGGCUGACGUCCGUCUGCUUUCUCGCUUCAUAUAUCUGGUUAUCAUGUUCAUUACAGAGACAUUCAUUAAUAGAUCAACCACGACUGUCCUCAUUUUUACUCUUAUUCAUCUCAGGCACGGUAGCUUUCAUAGCUAGCCUGUUUUCAAAAUGGCUUCCCGGCGCAGAUGGGAGAUUUGAUUCGGAGGCGGUUCUGAAGGGAAUGCAGUCGUCCCUGCCACACCGCCCUCGUCGUUUUUAUGUUCCUUGUAUAAUACUUCUCAUUGUCUUCCGCUUGGAGAUCGCACACCAAGUGCUCACUUACUUCCAAUGCGCUUCUGAAGGCGUAGAGGCUUUCCUCCCUGUACUCCUAGCUGUCUAUGAGUUCUUUUCAUACCGUGCGCCUACGAUUGUGUCUGAUGAGCCUGAAGAUAUGUGGGGCAACCCGUUAGACGACUUUAAGAAUUGGCUCAUAAGCUCUCCUAUCAAUGUCCUCAUCAGUACUAUCGUGUUUAGUUAUGGGGUUUUUAUGACAGGCGAUUUUACUUCAAGGUCUACGUACUUUUGCACGACCUGUGGAAAGGGGGGCAUCCUCGUCCCGUUCUUGCAGUGGGUAGGCGUUCUCACCGAUGCGGUCAUUAUAGUUAUGUCAUGGAGGGUGCUUUCAUGGGCGCGGACCACAAAGGGUCGUCUUCGAACGCUUGGCGGGAUUCUGCUCAUGGCAUCCGCUGGCGUCUUGCUUCUAUGUCUGGAGACGCGGAUAUCUCAGCAUCGCGAGAUCAUUAACCACCACCCUUUCAGGGGUAUCGGCUCCCUUUACUUUUUCGAUGUUUUUAGCACAGGACUGCUUGUCUCCACACUCGUCAUAUCAAUGGCACUUUGGGCUUGCGAUUCUACUGUAUUAGAACCUACGGCCGUCGCGUCUUUCACUUCAGGUAUAUUAGCUAGCGUUCAGAGUGUCUCGUUGAUCGGGACAUACCAGCAGACAUCAGCCAGUCAACCGCUGGUAGUGCUAUCUAUUAUCUCCGUUGGUUUUGUGGUCUUUACAUACGCAAACAGCAUGAGAUGGAUUGUCGUCUUCAAGCGAGUAAUCCUUCUAUGUCUGCUUGUCUUUAUUAUAUUUACAUCAACCAUCUAUGCCAUAUUCAAAAACGGGCAACUGGAUCGCCAUCCUGUUGACGAACUUGUUUAUAGGAGGAGAGUAGAAGCAGAUCGCUGGCUCCGACAUGCAACUGUCAGUACCACGCUGAAGCUUGCUGUUACAGAAUACAAAGAUCGUCAUCAGGGGCGCGACCCGCCACCGAACUUCGACAAGUGGUUUGAGUAUGCACGGCAACGGAAAUCGGUUAUUAUCGACAAAUUUGAUCAGAUCGCAGAAGAUGUCCAACCUUUUUGGGGCAUGAAGCCACAACAGAUCCAGGAGGGCUUAGAGAAGUUGUACGAGUUACCGGAUAUUGCAAUUAUUAAAAUUGCCGAUGGCCAAGCAUCCCACAACUUACCCGCACAGUCGCUUCACAGGCCGAUGUUAGAAUCCGCGGUAUCAAUGAUUUCAACAUUUGUUGAACAUCUCCCUCCUAUGUCUAUUGCUAUCAACCUGAAUGAGCGACCAAGGAUCUUGGUUCCUUGGGAUGAUGUUCAUAGAUUGACUAUGGCGGGAAGUAGAGGGAGUAGGGGGAGGUUCCAGCUUCUUCCUCAUCGUACACGUAAACGUCGGGCAGAGGAGCCAAAUUUAGUGAGGGAUGGUCCUAUCGAUACGGCCAAGGCUGUUCUCGGAUCGGAUACCCAAACAUAUGUAUCUCCAACGAAGUUUCGACAACUCGAAACCUUGGCGUGCCCGCCUGGUUCCGCUGCUCGUGGAGGAGUACACUGGGACAUGAGAGAUUUCUGUCCUUCGUGUGUGAAACCUCACUCCCAGGGCCAAUUCUUGGGAGACUGGGAGAUGUUUCUCAACCCGUGUCAUCAGCCGGAUAUAUUCAACCUCCACGAUUUUCAUACGACGCCUCAUCUCUACGACUUACAGCAAGACCUUUUACCAAUCUUUAGCAGAUCGAAAACUGACAGUUUCAACGAUAUUCUCUUCCCGCUUAUUAGCCCUGAUUUACGGGGCCCGGACGAUGUAGCGUUUGAAAAGAAGAAGGAUAUUGUUUUUUGGCAAGGCGACGCCAGCGAUUCGCGAGUUAUAACCCAAUCUUCGCUAUUCGGCGGACACCGGCAUCGGUUAGUCCAUCUUGCGAAUAACGCCAGUGCCAACGAUGCGAUAUCUGUACUUCUCGGCGACAAAGUUGAUGGGAAGGAUAAAUUUAAGUACGAAAAGACGUUACUAGAAGAGGCAAAUGGUCCUCUACCUUUUCAGUUCUCCUUUACAGAUAACGAAUUCUGUGCAGAUGCAAAACAUUGCCAGCUUUUGCGAACAGAAUUCGGCUUUAAGGAGCCGGCCAAGGCAUUUGAUAACCGAUAUGUCAUGGUGCUUGAUAGUGCGGACGGGCCAUCGCCUGAUCUACUCCCGAUUCUUCGGUCUAAUAGCGUACCAGUGCUGUCAACUAUCUUUCGCGAGUGGUAUACGGAGCGGCUAAUGCCGUGGGUGCACUUCGUGCCGGUCGACCUGCGCUACCACGGUCUGCAUAGCACGCUGGCAUAUUUCAUCGGCCUCAAGAAUCGAGGACCGAUCAAUGGGAAAUCACGGCUUACCCAGGGCCGGCUGGAAGACGCGCGCUGGAUCGCGGAGGAGGGGCGUAAGUGGACUGAUAAGGCUAUUAGGAGGGAGGAUAUGGAGGUGUAUAUGUUCCGGUUACUGCUGGAGUGGGGACGAAUUAUUAACGAGGACAGGGACAACAUGGGCUUUGUAUUGUAAGAAGCAUUACAACGAGUACAUAUAUAUAUAUAGAGUAGGUAAUGUAAUGUCAUUAGAGACUAGAGUAUUAGAGUACCUUAUUUUGUUGAUG